AUUUCAAUAAACAAAAACAUGUUUAAUAGUUUUAGUUAAUGAUAACAACACUGAACAUUAUGACGUAUUUUAACAAAUAUAAAAGCAGAUAUUAUGAACUGAUAAAACAGCAUCUGGCACAUGGAGAAUGUAAAGCCUCAUCAUUCACAUUGAGAGGUUGACGGACGAGUAAUAAUCAUAUCAGCCAAACCCCUUUAUGUGUCAUGGAGGUCCUGCAGUAAUCUCAUUAGUAAAGCGGUUACAUAACGUCUGAUCCCACGUUGUAGUCAGAGAUCAGCCUCAUUAAGAUCACUGACGAUCAUGUCUAAAAGGUUUUCUUCUGACCUCCUGUAUGAUUGUAUCCCACCAGAUCAAACAUGACAAUAUCUCCCACGAGUGUUUCAAAAGAAUCAGUGGUGCACAUGUUUGCUGGUCAUUCACCCUCCUUUGCUUGCGGCUCUUGGCUUUUGUUCGUCACAGGCAUCGUCUAGGACAGCGGGGAGGAUUAAGAGUCAUGGACGGAGAGAGUUGAAGACUUCCCUGGAGACAGGAAGACUAUCCAGGAGAAACCACAUCAAUGCUUUUUAUUCAUGCAGUUACAGAACAGGACAGAUAAAAUGAAUGCCAGGCAUAUGUGACCUUAACAAGAACCUAAUGUAACUUUUUUUAAUUUAUAAAAGAAGCUAAAUAUUAUUGUUCAUUCUUUAGAACAUAAAACUUAAAAGAUAUGAACGUGUGGACAUAUUCGUUGACUUCUAAUCUUAUAAAAAAGAAAAGCAGCCAUGCAUUGGCCUACUACAAGAGCACAGCGCCUUAAGCAGUUGAAAAAUGCCUGCAAAGGCAAGUCAGGUGUUGCCACAGGUGCAUCGGCACAACAUUUACACUGUGACGAACAGCUCGGAAUGUGGGUCAGAGACGGAAGAGGAUGGAGACCCUUCCAAGCGCCCGACACCCCUGGAGAAGUUAACCCUGGAAAUGUGCAAUGACGAAGAUACCAUAAAAGAACUGACAGUGGGCAGAAGGGUGGGAUUCUAUAAAGUCCGUGGUCAGAUCGGCUGUGGCAACUUUUCGAAGGUCAAACUGGCCAUCCAUGCACUCACCAAAGACAAGGUGGCUAUUAAGAUCAUGGAUAAGAUGAGGCUCGAUCUGCAGACUCAGCGGAUGCUGUCCCGGGAGAUCUCUAACAUGGAGAGCUUGUAUCAUCCAAACUUACUGCAACUCUAUGAGGUGCUAGAGACGCCAAGUCGGUUGUACCUGGUUCUGGAGUUCGCUGGAGGAGGAGACCUCCACACCAGAAUCAGCUCAGGAGGAAAACUUUCUGACCAAGAGAGCAAGAUUGUAUUCGCCCAAAUCCUGUCAGCAGUCAAAUACAUGCAUGAGAACAACAUCAUCCAUCGAGAUCUGAAGGCAGAAAAUGUUCUUUAUACAACCAACUCCUGCAUAAAAGUGGCUGAUUUUGGCUUCAGCAAGAGGGUCAACAAUCGAAACCAAGCCCUAGACACCUUUUGUGGUUCUCCUCCUUAUGCAGCUCCAGAACUCUUCAAAGAUGAGUCUUACAUCGGGCCACCUGUGGAUGUGUGGGCAAUGGGCAUCCUACUUUUUUUCAUGGUGACUGGCACAUUGCCUUUCCGCGCAGAGACUGUGGCUAAGUUGCGCCAAAGUGUGCUGGAGGGUGCCUACGUCCUGCCAACCUCGGUAUCAGCUCCAUGUCAGAGGCUGAUCAGGGGCAUCUUGAAGCCAGAACCUUUGGAGCGAUGUGCACUGGACCAGAUGCUGGGCUGCGAGUGGCUGCUGCCGGUCGAACUCUUCCGGCCUAUUCCUCCCUUAUACCAGCUCAACCCCGUCCAUCUAAUAGAGGUCAGCCCAGUGGAGUUAGACAGAGACCUCAAAGAGGUAAAAGGUAUCCUGGAAAAACUCGGAGUCACUCAGGAACAUAUUCUCAAUAACCAAGGAAAGCGCAUCCGCAGUCCUAUUACAGGGGUUUACCGCAUACUACUGCACAGAGUUAAAAGAAACAAUGGAGCUGAGUCUGUGCCUAUAAUCAGUGGAGUCGUCAAAGAUCCUAAAAGAGACAGUCUCCGUGCCUAUAAGAACCUACGGCACUCCUCGAAAUUGUGUGUGCUCUCUUAAAGGCUAAGUUCAUCCCUUUUAUUCAGUCUUUUUAUCCAUACUACAAUGAAAGUCAAUCGGGUCCAAAACAAUACCGGACCCCAUUGACUUUAAUUAUAUAUGUUCAAAAUGACACUUCAAAAUAUCUUCUUUUUGUCUUUCACAGAAUAAAGAAGGUACGGUACAUAUUUUGGACAGGAAGAGGGUUAAUAUGUGAAGAAAGUUUUCAUAUCUGGACAAAUAAACCAUGUAAUCAGCCUAAUACUAUUGGAGUUGUGGCAUUUUAUAGACCAAAUCAAUGAUAAACUAUGUUAAUUCUUAUUAAAUUAAACAGUACUUUUAAAAUAGUUUCCUUUCAGUAACUACUUGCACAAGAAAGUUUACUUAAUUGUCAGUGGCUUAACUUAUAAUAUUUAUGUUUCAGUCAGCCAGCU